CUGGACGCACACAGAAAAUUGAAAACGCCGUGUGUGAUGUAGAAAGGAAGGAGAACAAAAGUAUGAGAAUAAAUGCAUUUUUAAGGUUACAUAUAUUUCUCUCUCCUCUCUCCACCAUCUUCUCUUUCUGAAACAAACUUGUCGUUUUAUCAAUAUUUUCUCUUCGCCGUUCUCAGAAAUCUUAAAAACUGAGAAAAGAUCGAGAAAUAUAUCAAGUCACAGCGGCAUAUAUAAACACACGUUAAAUUCAAAUUAUAUAUAUAUUUGAGAGAGAGAGAAGGGGGGAAGGCAUGGGUUGUUUCCCUUGCUCUGGAGAAUCUUCCAUUGAUAAAAAGCAGUGUAGAAAGAGAACACACAAUGGCAGCUCUAAUCGGUGGAAAAAAGGCGACGAUCAUGGGCAAAAGUCUACUGAUUAUUUAAGAGGAGUAAGCUCUGAGAAAUCCGUAAAAAAUGACCCUCAAGCUUCUAGUUUUGCGGGAGAUUGUAAUUCAAAGCGUAAUCCUGAUGUGGAAGUUAAUGGCUUUAGUGCAAAAAACGCACGGCAAUUUUCCUUAGUCGAAUUAGUUGCCGCCACAGAGAAUUUCAAGGCCGACUAUUUUCUUGGCGAGGGAGGAUUUGGAAAAGUUUACAAAGGUCAAUUGCAAGACACAGGCGAGAUUGUGGCUAUCAAACAAUUAGACCGUAAUGGAUGUCAAGGGAUUAGAGAAUUUGUUGUUGAGGUCGCAACAUUAAGCAAUGCCGAGCACUCUAAUCUCGUCAAGCUAAUCGGUUAUUGUGCAGAGGGAGAUCAAAGGCUUUUAGUCUACGAGUACAUGCCGUUAGGAUCUCUGGAGGACCAUUUGCACGGGCCUCGACACAAUAAAAAGAAACUCGAUUGGAACACAAGGAUUAAGAUAGCGGCUGGGGCGGCCGAAGGUUUAGAGUAUUUGCACAAUAAGAUGGAACCACCAAUCAUAUACCGUGAUUUGAAGUGUUCAAACAUUUUGCUUGGAGAGAAGUAUUUCUCCAAGCUGUCGGAUUUUGGGCUUGCUAAGGUGGGCCCACUGGGUGACGAAACCCAUGUUUCGACGAGAGUGAUGGGCACUUACGGAUAUUGCGCGCCCGAUUACGCGAUGACCGGUCAACUCACGUUCAAAUCGGAUAUUUACAGUUUCGGUGUGGUGCUUUUGGAGAUCGUGACUGGCCGGAGGGCUAUCGACACCGGAAGGAAUGGACCCGAGCAAAAUCUAGUCGAGUGGGCGAAACCAUUGUUCAAGGACCGUAAAAAGUUCCACCUAAUGGCUGAUCGGGAUCUCGAAGGGCAGUACCCGAUGAGAGGCCUAUACCAAGCGCUGGCCAUAUCUGCAAUGUGCAUCCAAGAGCAGCCCAGCUUGCGGCCUGCGAUUACAGACAUUGUUUCGGCACUCAAGUAUCUUGCUUCUCAAAAUUACGAACACAAAAUCCAUCCAAUACCGAAUCAAGAAACGGGCUUUUCCCCACCCAGCCUCAAAACGGAUCAUGAUUAUAGAGAAAAUAAAUGAUAUCCCGGCCAUGUGAACGGAAGCACGAAAAUGGGAGGACUACCUUGUAAUUAUUAUAACAGUCCUAUAUUCUUUUUACCUUGUUUUUUUUUUGUCCUUUUGAAGUAAUCUCUUCAUGUGGCAUUUUUAUAAGAGUGGUUGUAAGAGUUCGCCUGUAUACACCGGACCAGACUUCUUUCUUGGGAAUAUUUUCUGAAUGAGAUAAUAUAUAAUCUUUGUAGUGGUAUUUUCAGCAUUCCAGUUAGGUUCGAAUAUAAUGAUGCAUGAAUAGAAUGUGAUAACAAUUUGGGUGGUUGCGGUCAAUGGCUG